AUGACUGCCGACGACAACGGGCCUCUGUACUUGGGCUUUGACCUGUCCACACAACAACUCAAAGCCAUCGUCGUGGGCUCCAAUCUCAAGACCGUUGGCCAGGCGCACGUCGACUUUGACGCCGACUUUGGCGCCGCCUACAACAUCACCAAGGGCGUCCACGUCCGCCCCGCCACCGGCGAGGUCUACGCCCCCGUCGCCUUGUGGCUCGAGUCGCUCGACCUCGUCCUGGCGCGCCUCUCCGACGCCCUCUCUCCCGUCCCGCUGUCCCGCGUCCGCGGCGUCAGCGGCUCCGGCCAGCAGCACGGCAGCGUGUACUGGAACGCCGACGCGGAGCGGCGCCUCGCCGCGCUGGACCCGGCGCGGCCGCUCGCGCAGCAGCUAGAUCGUGCGCUGGCGCACGAGUGGUCGCCCAACUGGCAGGACCAGAGCACGCAGGACGAGUGCGACAGGUUCGACGCGGAGCUCGGCGGGCGGGAGCAGCUGGCGCAGGUCACGGGCAGCGGUGCGCACCAUCGAUUUACAGGACCGCAGAUAAUGCGGCUUCGUCGCGUCCACCCGGACGUCUACGCCAACACGUCCCGCAUAUCGCUCGUCUCGUCGUGGCUCGCCUCGGUGCUCCUUGGGCGCAUCGCGCCGCUCGACGUCGGCGACGUCUGCGGCAUGAAUCUCUGGGACAUGGCCAACCAGCGUUGGAGCCCGGAGCUCCUCGCGCUCGCCGCCGGGCAGGACGGCGCCGAGGGCCUGCGCGCCAAGCUCGGCGACCCGUGCAUGGACGGCGGCGAGUCCCUCGGUACCAUCUCGCCGUACUUUGCCGCACGGUACGGCUUCAGCCCGGGAUGCCAGAUCCUGCCCUUCACCGGCGACAACCCGGCGACGAUCCUCGCGCUGCCGCUGCGGCCGCUCGACGCCAUCGUGUCGCUCGGCACGUCGACCACGUUCCUCAUGAACACGCCCGCCUACAAGCCCGACGGCGCGUACCACUUCUUCAACCACCCGACGACGCGGGGGCACUACAUGUUUAUGCUGUGCUACAAAAACGGCGGCCUGUCCCGGGAGCGCGUGCGCGACGCCCUGCCAAAGCCCGAGCCGGGCGGCACCGGCUGGGAGACGUUCAACCAGGCCGUCGUCGACACGCCGCCGCUGGACAUCCACGGCCGAGACGACCGCGCCAAGAUGGGCCUGUACUUUGACCUCCGGGAAACAGUGCCCAACAUCCGCGCCGGGACGUGGCGCUUCACUUGCAGCGCCGCCGACGGCAGCGAUCUGCGCGAAGCCGACUCUGCCUGGUCCAAGGCCACCGACGCGCGCCUCAUCGUCGAGUCCCAGGCGCUCUCGAUGCGGCUGCGCUCCCAGAAGCUCGUCCACAGCCCGCGCGACCAGCUCCCCGCGCAGCCGCGCCGCAUCUACCUCGUGGGCGGGGGCUCGCUGAACCCGGCCAUUGCGCAGACGCUCGGCAGCGUGCUCGGCGGCGCCGACGGCGUGUACAAGCUGGACGUGGGCGGCAGCGCGUGCGCGCUGGGCGGCGCGUACAAGGCCGUGUGGGCGCUGGAGCGCGGCUCGGGGGAGACGUUUGACGAUCUGCUGGCCGGGCGCUGGCAGGAGGACGGCGCGAUUGAAAAGGUGGACGUCGGGUAUCGUGAGGGGACGUACGAGCAGUACGGCAAUGUGCUGGGUGCGUUUGAGGAGAUGGAACAGAGGCUACUAGCGGAGGAAAAGCAAUAG